CUGUUCUUCUUUUUUUGUCACUUUCCUGCUCUUCUUUAAUUACUUCUCCUCCUUAAAAAUCAAGGAAUUAAAUGCGAGUCAAAUUUUCUUGAAAUUAAAACCAAUGAAGAAGAAGAAGACGGAGCCCAAUUUCUCGGCGGCUAUGGCUAUCUUCCUCUGCUUUUUCGUUGGAUCCUUUGCGGGGUUGCUUUACGAGCAGGCCCAGCCGGCGGUUGAGCCGCCGGGAACUACUAUCCAGGCAUUUCCGGUUCAGCCGGAGACGCAGAGGUGCAAGCUUGACUUCUCUGCCGAGCUUUUCGGCGGCGUGAAAGCCGCCUGCCCGUCGGGCAACCUAGACCGGAACCGGUGCUGCCCGGUGUUGGCGGCGUGGGUCUACGCCGCUUACGCUCGCUCGGCGCUUCAGGUCUCCGCCGCCGCGUCCCCGUCUCCUCCGUCGGGGCUGCCGAUGAUGCCGAACGACGACCAGUCGUGCGUCAGCUCGCUCCAGGACUGGCUCCAGAGGAACAAGAUUGAGAUUCCUCGGCCCAAUUCCACGUGCGACACCGUUUUGUGCUUCUGCGGCAUCCGCCUCCACCGCAUCACAUCCCUCACCUGCUCCGCCGCUUUCAACGUCUCCGUCUCCGGCACCGCCACGCCGACCUCCGUUGUCACGGAUCUCGCCCCGAACUGCCGCCAGCCCUCGUUUUCCGGCUGUACCCAGUGUCUAAAAUCUCUCCAAAAGAUUAAGGGCGGGGCAAAAAACGCGACGAGAAAAGCUCGAAACGGCGACAACAAUCGGGCAACGAGGAUGUUAAACGAGGAUUGCCAGUUAAUGGGGCUGACGUGGUUGCUGGCGCGGAACAAGACGGCUUACAUUCCGACGGUGUCGGCGGUGCUGCGGGCCAUAAUGUACGGUGGGUCUCCGGCGGCGGACGGGUGGAAAAUCGAAAACGCGAAAUGCAGCCAGGACCAGGAGAACAUGCCGUUGGCCGUCGACUCGUCGCAGUUCAAAAACGCCGAUUCAUCUUCAUCAUCAUCAAUUUACUUUCCCAUUUCGUCCUUAAUUCUGAUGAUUAAUAUUCAUAUUUUGUUGAUCAAUUAUUACUCGUAUUAAUUUACUAUUAGGGGUCCUUCAGUUUGUUUUUUUUCCCCAUGUAAAUCCAAGCUUCGUUUUCUUGGUUUGUCAAUUCAAAUGUCACGCCCUAUCUGAUGAAACACUACAAUGUGCCAUUUUCUUACAUAAAAAGAGGCGCCGUUU